CUCACUUGUUGAAGAAGCGGCAAAUUUCUCAGCGUCAUAUUUCGUGAUCUUCCCCAGGAUUAUUGAAUAAAAGUGAACCGUCGACCUAAGUAAAACGAAGGAAGGAAGUAUCGCGGAGCCACUUCCGAAAGUUGUUUCGCUCGUCAGCGCCAAAACUUCUCGAGGACAAAUUUAGGACCUUGGUAAGCAAGCCACCGCCACGAAAACUGACUCGAGUUCUUCUCGCGAUGGUGCACUUCAUCCCGUCGGCGUCUACCCCGUCUCCAGAAGGUUUGGCUUCGGAAAGUGGGCAGUCUGAAGAGGAAUUGUUGUUCACCGAGGACGAAGAAGAUGAACCUGAGAUCAAGGACGAGCUCAAGAUUGUUGUCGACGCGUCUAACCGGGGAAGGUGAUCGGAUGUGAUUUUGGAGGCGCGGAAGCACAUGCGAUGCCACCCUAGACAUCCAGGACGGGUGCGCGACGGCGGGAGAGUGUGCAUCUUGGCGGACUCUUCUUCAUCGGACGAAGAAGGCGAGAAUAAGCUUCCAGUCCGUCCAGAACCAAAACCAGCAAAAACCACAUUCACCCUCUUCAACCAACUGCCGAAAGAACUUUGGGACACCAUCCUCCUCACGGCCUUCGACCCAAUCACCAUCAAAGGCUGGAUCAAAAUCGACCUCGAGUGGCGGCGCGGGCCCCAAGCGCACUUUCCCCGCCGCCGAAGCAGGUCCUGGGCCCCCAUACCCCUCUACGCCGUCAGCCGGGAAACCAGAACGCUGGCGGCCACGGCCUUCGGCGCCCCGGACCCGCGGACCUUUCCGUUCAGCCCCGCUCGGGACGCUGUGGAGCUUGUGUGGGAUGGGACCAUGCUCCCCACCACGUGGAGGCGGGCGGAGGACUACAGGCUGACCGGGCCCGUUAUCACGGGUCCGUGUGGCGGGGAUGGAGAUGUAGGCCGGGAGGAGAAGAAGCUUGUCAAUAUUGACAUGGAAUGGGCUAUGCCUAAGGAGACGCGUGAACGGGUGCAGACUGUGAUUGUAGACGGGCGUUAUGCGAGGUUUGAUUUCGGGCUGAGGGAUGGGGUCAAGGGGCCGUGGGGCCUCGUGUUUAAAUUGGUGAAGGGGUUCUUCGCCGAGGUGAGGGUGUUAGGGAUGAGAUUGUGGGAUUUGGAUGAUGAGGGUUUUGAGGGGAGCUUUGACGCGGUGAAGGGGGAGGCGCUUUCCAGGGUUGACCAGAUGGACUUUUUGGAUGUUUUGGAGGAGGUCUGGUCUGAGGCUGAUGCUGGGGCUGAGGCCGAGGAUGCAGGGGGUGGAGGAGGAGCUCCGUUUCCAAGGUUGAGAUUACUGAGGGUGUUCCCAGAGAUCCCUAGGCGGAGGAGGAGGCAUGUGUUUAGGUUCAGAAAGGUGAGGGGAAGUCAUUUCCUGGUUGUUGGACGAGGAGACACCCCGACAGCUGGGCCUUGAUUUGAUCAUGAAAUCUCGCAGCAAUGUGUUGAUCGAGAAAAGGAAUGUAUGACCUGCCCGCUUAGAGCUGUGGACUCAAAUGAGUCUUUGAAGCCCUGCUUGAACAAUUACAACACAUCAUCA